UGGACUUCCACAGAGGUUAGUUUAUCUUCUCUUCGUGAUAAAGGUAGACAUUGCAGUCAUCGAUUGUGAACUGUAUAACAUUUUCUAAAACCACAAGCGCAACGUCGCGAUAUUUCCUGGAACGCUUCCUUAUUAACAGACCAGGCAGGGGAUUAGGGUUUGAGAAAUCAAUGAGAGAAGUGAAAAAUGCUUCCUUAGUUGUUAAUUUUCUAGAAAGCUAAAGGCUCACCUUAGAUUGGAGCCAAAGUCUUUAACUAGUUGAACAUGUUAUUACUCCAACUUCGUGAAAGUGACAAACUGACAAGUUUUUAUUUUAGUCAAAAAACAACUAUAUAUCAAAGUAGGGGCUUUGGUUUGACGGUCUGCACAUGGGAUAGAUAGAAGACCGGAUGACGUGCUUCUACGCAUGAGCUCGCCUGUACGUCGCCUGUACAAGUGUGAUCAGAGAUUUUUUUUAUUGGAGAAGCAGUUUUAGCCUAUCUUUAUACUGUACUGUCUUUGACUGUAUCCUUCCAAAUUAUGCGUGGAAAAACUAUAAUAGUGACUGGUGCCAACAGUGGCAUAGGCAAAGCCACAACAGUUGAACUACUGAGGCGCGGGGGUCGGGUGAUCAUGGCUUGCAGGGACAUGAAGAGGACUGAGGAAGCGGCACAGGAGAUUCGACUGGAGACUGGUCCAGAUUCGGGAGAACUCCUCAUCAAGUACCUGGACCUCGCGUCACUGAAAUCCGUGCACAGUUUCUGCGAAGUCAUCAUCAAGGAAGAGCCCAGGAUUGACGUGCUGAUCAACAAUGCAGGGAUCUACCAGUGCCCUCUUACCAGGACGGAGGAUGGCUUCGAGAUGCAGUUCGGGGUGAACCACCUCGGCCACUUCCUCCUCACCCACCUCCUCCUGGACCUCCUGAAGCGCUCUGCGCCCAGCCGUGUGGUUGUGGUCUCCUCCAAACUCUACAAGUACGGCGAGAUCGACUUUGACGACCUGAGUAGCGAACGGCGCUACGACAAAGCCUUUGCCUAUGGCCGAAGCAAGCUAGCCAACCUCCUCUUCACCUGCGAGCUGGCCCGCCGCCUCGAGGGGACGGGGGUGGCGGUCAAUGCAUUGACCCCGGGGAUAGUGAGGACUAACCUGGGGAGGCAUGUCAAUAUCCCCCUCCUGGCCAAGCCCCUGUGGGAGCUGGCAUCCAGGGCCUUCUUAAAGAGCCCAGAGGAGGGGGCGCAGACCUCGGUCUACCUGGCCUGCUCGCCCGACGUCGAGGAGGUCCAGGGGAAGUGCUUUGCGGACUGCCAGGAGCAGAAACUCCUGCCCAAAGCUACGGACCAAGAGGUGGCCAGGAAACUUUGGGAUAUUAGUGAAGUCAUGGUGGGCAUAACCAUGUGAUAAAGAACGUCAACCUUUCACUCCCUCCAAUGUGAACGCAAAGAGGACUUGGACCUCAAAAAAGGUGAAGUGAACUAGUAAAAGGCAAGGGUAGUGUGAAUGCAAAGAGAAGUUAGUUUUUUUUGCUUCGUACUGCAGAGAACUGUGCCCUGGAUGCCUGUUGCUAUGCGUUGUGAUUAUAUUGCCUUGACACAAUUAUUUUUCACUGGUAUGUUGUUAUACCAUGUUGUUAAUUAUAUUAAACUCUAAGUGAAGGGAGAUUGUUGCUAUGAUCUCUAGCUGAAUGUACCUGCAUUUGAUUCUGCAUACGUGAUGUCAAGUUACACUGAAACAUGCCAUCACAAUAUCAAAUUGUAUUGGUCACAUACACAACAGUGCAGUAAACCUAACAAUAUACACACAACACUCACUCCCCUUCAUCAACCCUGAUUGUAGUGGAUUUAACAAGUGAAGGCCAGUUGUAUUACUUCUUUAAUCAGCACAACAGUUUUCAGCUGUGCUCACAAUUGCAAAAGGGUUUUCUAAUGAUCAGUUAGCCUUUUAAAAUUAUAAACUUGGAUUAGCUAACACAACGUGCCAUUGGAACAAAGGAGUGAUGGUUGCUGAUAAUGGGCCUCUGUACGCCUAUGUAGAGAUAGAUAUUCCAUAAAAAAUCUGCCGUUUCCAGCUACAAUAGUCAUUUACAACAUUAACAAUGUCUACACUGUAUUUAUGAUCAAUUUGAUGUUAUUCUUUCAAAAACAAGGACAUUUCUAAGUGACCCCAAACUUUUGAACGGUAGUGGUCAUAUGAAGUGGGUGACACAGUAUGUAAACAUUAUUAUAGUGACCAGUGUUCAAUACUCCAUGUACAUGAAACACACGGUAUUAACUGAAACAUACCAUGACAACAUGAAACACACGGUAUUAACUGAAACAUACCAUCACAACAUGAAACACACGGUAUUAACUGAAACAUACCAUCACAACAUGAAACACACGGUAUUAACUGAAACAUACCAUCACAACAUGAAACACACGGUAUUAACUGAAACGUACCAUCACAACAUGAAACACACGGUAUUAACUGAAACAUACCAUGACAACGUGAAACACACGGUAUUAACUGAAACAUACCAUGACAACGUGAAACACACGGUAUUAACUGAAACAUACCAUGACAACAUGAAACAAUACACUAUGACAUGCUACAAGGGGACUUAUAGAGAAGGCUUGAUGCAGUACUAUCACUGUGAAUAUCAGUGAAUUCUGAGAUGGGAUUUUGUGAUCAGCCUAAUUCUUAUGUAUUAAACUAUGCCAAUAUGAAUGGACUUGAAUUAGCCUACUGCACAAUGUAACUAAUGUAGCCUAAUACGCAAUCUACCAGUCAUUAAAAAAAAAAAAAAAUUAUACAUAUAUAUAUAUAUAUAUAUAUAUAUAUUUAACCUUUAUUUAACUAGGCAAGUCCGUUGAGAACAAAUUCGUAUUUACAAUGACGGCCUACACCGGCCAAACCCAGACGACGCUGGGCCAAUUGUGCGCCACCUUAUGGGAUUCCGAAUCACGGCCGGUUGUGAUACAGCCUGGAAUCAAACCAGGGUGUCUGUAGUGACGCCUCAAACCCUGAGAUGCAGUGCCUUAGACCGCUGCGCCACUCGUGGGAACCCGAUCAUAUCAUGCCGAAUGAUCCCGUUUUAAUUAACGGUAACUAAUGUCUCAUUACUUCUGUAAUGUAGCCUCCUAUUUCAAUGAUUGGUUUGAGUGGUUUUUUCAAACCUGUGACACACUGACUACAUCUACUAGCUGACCAUGAAUCAAUUAUUGACUUGCAUAUCAUUGUUGUUUUUCUGUCUCCAUUUCAAACUGCUCUGUGCUUAAUGGAGGUAGUGAUGAGCCGAAUGUAAAUCACUUCCACGCCGCUUUGCCCCAAUGUAGCCUUUUCACGUUACAGGUGGUUAACAUACCAACUCAAAGGUCAUUAUUUAUUGUUUUAAUGUCUUUCUUUUUUCUUUUUUUUAAUGCUUUUUACAACAGGUAGGGGAGAAAUUGCACAGAUGUUUUGGUGGUGUACGUCACCUUCAGUGUGUUUGGAUAGUUUUCCUCAUAGUGCCGAAAUACAAGGGUCCAUUAUUGUACGCUCAUAAUUAAAUAAACCUUAUGGACUGGCUUCAUUUACAGACUCACUUCGGAGAGAAAUGGGUCCUAAAUCGGUGGCGUUUUAGAAGCCAGUUAGGCUCCAAUCAGCCAUGCUAGCUGCUUGUCCUGUAUACAGUAUUUUAUAAUGCACAGUAAUUACUCAGGAAUGUUUUCUCUCUAUAUUAAAUUGUAGAUUAACCGCUUCUCUCCAAAUGAAAUGGUAGCAAGACCCCCAGAUUUAUAAUGCAUUUCCCACCUGCAAUUUCCAUUAGGGGCAUUUUCUGGAUCAUUUAGAAGGAGCACCGACAAGCCUGAAAACAAGUUGGAAAUCCAAGGGUAGAGCAGAGUUUAUCCGAUCCAUCUUUAUCGCUGAGAAAAAAGGUCUCAGGCCAUUUCUCAUUAAAGAUAAAUCUUGUUUGUUUAACAAAUAAAGAAAAUAAGCCUAAUUUUGGAACAUAGUGCCUUUUAAUGAUGCAUACCGCAUUGGUGCCUCACAAGUGGGAGGCAAUCUAUGCUGCCAAGUAUUGCAAUUCCUUAUUGUGUGACUUACAGUGUAGGCUCUAUGUAAGCCAACAUAAAGUUAGUUAGCCAACCCCCUUUUCCAAUCAACAAAUAAAAUCUGUUACUACCUUUUAAAGAGGCGCUAUGCAGAAAUCACUCUGCAAUUUCCUGAUUGCAAAAAUUGUUAGUUUGCCUAAUUUCAGUUUGUGAGAAAACAAGCAAGUAUAGUGUAGAAAAAUAAAUAAAAAAUAAAAUAAAAAGUAUAGUGUAGAGAAUCGUUGCAUCGUCUGAAGUGCUGUGAAAUAUCUUUUCCAUAACCAAAAAUAUAUUUUCAGCUGUUUGAAGGUGGUGUACAAAACCGAAAGUAAAGACACAAAAAUUCAACUUAAAAAUGGGAAGCAUAGAAAUAGCGCAGUUAGAACAGAUGACUGUUUCUUAGAUUUGAUUUCAAUGAAAAUGACCUAUAAUGACCUAUGAUCUAUAAUUGACAUUUCUAUGUGAAUUUUGUUGCAUUCCCCCAAAAAUGUACAUAUUGCAUCUUCAAAUACAUUACAACUUUUGUGAAAGGCAGUGCAUGCAGAUUCAAUUUAAAUCGAUUGCUGUCCACCUCAGUGUAAUGUAUAGUAAACAGUCUAAUGCGUGUUUGAAUGUCCUCUUUAUCAUGUAACGCUACACUGGGGGCAGGUAAAGCCUGUAUUCCUGCAUUUCCAUUGGUUCAAUUUGUGUUUGAAAUGCUGUUAUGUGUACGUAUGCAAUACAGCAACUGAAAAUAAAUGCAUGUCAUUUCCUUUUUUGGGGGGGACUUUUCUGGUGAGUAAGUUUGAAACUCAAACUUAAAACUCACUUGUUAUUCCCAGAGUAGCACAACGUGUCAUGUUCAGUUCUCCACCAUUACACCGACUCAAUAAAAAAAAAUGAAUACAGUA